CACUGGAUGUGAGCAUCGCAUCAUUCAUGUUUGAGCACUCCAGCGCGUUACACCGUUACAAUCGCUUACAACGGAUGCAUCUGAAAGUGCGCGCCGAGUCGUAUCUGAUAGUGCACUAGGAACGGUAAACAAAAAAGCGGUAUUAGGUGCCGGCAAGCAGAAAGAAAGUCGAUAUCGGGAAUCGGGAAAGUAAAUUUGGUAAAAAAAAAGCAUCUUGAACAGUAAAACCAAAACAAUCCAGCCAGGAGGCCAGAGUGCAUGUGGUCGCGAGUGCGUCGCGGAUAUAUUCGCAGUUAUUCGGGAGUGGCGGUAUCCGGUCGUCUGGGCGUAUACUUGUCCGCCUAACCAUUGUUGUUCCUAGAUUAAAGGCAACAGGAAGCGAAGAAAGCCGACGCGGCAAGCAACAGCAACAGCAGUUUGUGUGUGGCAGCAAGUGCAAGGAGUUGAAAUUUAUAGUUGCCGCAUUUUGUCGAAAUUAAAUUAUGUUAAGUGCUGAAAUCAGUAAGAAGGUGAAGUGAAAAGCAAACGGGAAAAGCGCCUUUGGCAACAGCAGAGGCAGCACCGGCACCAUCACCAGCAACAACAAUUGCAGCAUCCCAAGGAGAAAACCGUAGAACCAGCAAAGGUGCCAGGCCAGCAGCAGGCAGAAACAAUCUAGAAAAAAAAAAUAAAAAAUUGAAAAGUGAACGCAAAGCUAAAUAAGUUGCAAUGUGAAGAGCCCUGAAAGGACAAGUGCGAACCAAGGAACAGAGGACUCGACGACAAGCAGCUGCCACUGCGACGAUUGACAGGACAAAAACAAAAGCCCAGGCUACUGGCUACGAGGACUUCCAGCUCAAGUGGCACAACCGGCACACAACUUGUACGUUGUUUUUCCCAUCGAUUCGGGUCUCUUCCAUGGCCCCCAGAAAAUUGCAGCAGCAAAGGGGCGCAAUGUACUUGCCAAAUACAGCAACCGAAUAGAAAAUCACUCGAAAAUCGGAAAAACAUAAAAAAUAAGAGAGCAGCAUCAGCAACAGCAGCACCAGGAGCAGGAGCAGCAUCAGCAGCAUAUGUGUCUUUAUUUUUUGUGCUUUUUUCUGUGAUGCCACAAGGACACAAGGACACUUCAAGUGACAGCAACAUACGCGAAUUUCGUUCGUUUGUUCGGGGACAGCCUUCCAUUUCCAUCUAAGACGCAGCAGCAGGAUGCGCAAGCACAAAGCGCCGCCCAGCGGCAGUCCAAGGACAAUGCCCCAGGACAGUUCAACAGCAGGAGCGCGAGAAGAAUCAGGAGCAGCGGUAAAGGCAGAAGCCGGAGAAUCUCCCUCAACGGAAAGCCAAGAGCAGCAGCAGCAUCAGUGCCUGCUCCUGGGUCACAGUGCAGCGGGUGCACCCGAAACAGCAUCAGCAGCAGCUAGUCGCCUGGCCCCGCCCAUUUGUCAGCCCCCCAUCAACAGCAGCAGCAAGGAGCGACCUCGCCCCACAGUCCGGUUCGUGUCCUUGUUGCACGUCGCCAGCUACGUGCUGUGCCUGUGCGCCUUCAGUUUCGCGCUCUACGGCAACGUGCGGCAGACGCGGCUGGAGCAGCGGAUGCAGCGCCUCCAGCAACUGGACGCCCGGAUUGUGGAGCUGGAGCUCCGGCUAGAGCAGCAGCAGCUCCUGCACUGGCCCACGGACCAGGCGCAGAUCCUGGCCAGCGACAGUGCGACCGGCGACAGCGCCAGCGGCAAUGGAAGCCAGCAGCAUCUGGCGUUGCAUGUGCGGCGCGAACUCCAUAGACUACGGCGGGAUGUGUCGCACUUGCAGCUCACGCGGCGCCAGCAGCGUCGCCAGGCGGCCGAGGCGGCAGCAGCGGCGGCGGCCAGCGGCGAAGGUGGCAACGGCAGUUGUCAGUGUCAAGCAGGUCCUCCGGGUCCACCAGGACCACCCGGAAAACGCGGCAAGCGCGGCAAGAAGGGCGAUGCCGGCGACAAGGGCGAACCGGGCCUGAAUGGCAUCAGUGGUGAGAAGGGAGCGGCGGGCAAGCCCGGGGACAAGGGCCAAAAGGGCGACACCGGACACCCCGGAAUGGAUGUCUUCCAAACGGUGAAGGGUCUGAAGAGAUCGGUGACAACGCUGCAUGGCGGCACGCUGGGCUAUGCGGAAAUAGUUGCUGUUAAGGACUUGCAAGAAGCCGGCGUCAAUGUAUCCGCUUCCACAGUCAUACAGCUGAAGGGAGAGCCCGGCGAGCCGGGUCCGCCGGGACCACCGGGCGAGGCGGGACAGCCAGGAGCGCCGGGAGAGCGGGGAGCACCCGGCGAGGCCGGAGCACCAGGACUGCAAGGCGAGGCUGGGCAGCCAGGACCCGUUGGACCGCCCGGCGUGGCGGGCGCACCUGGCACGAAGGGCGACAAGGGUGAUCGGGGCGAUCGAGGACUAACCACAACCAUCAAGGGUGACGAGUUCCCCACGGGCAUCAUCGAGGGUCCGCCGGGACCGCCCGGACCACCAGGUCCGCCCGGAGAGCCCGGCGAACGAGGCGAGGCGGGAGCCACUGGACCCGCCGGACCGCCCGGCGAAAAAGGACCGCGCGGCAAACGCGGCAAGCGGAUAUUCGGACCGGGUGGAACCAAAUUGGACGACGACUAUGACGAUCCGCCGGUUACUCUGCUGCGUGGACCGCCAGGACCUCCGGGCGUUGCUGGCAAGGAUGGACGCGACGGUCGGGACGGCGCCAAGGGAGAGGCAGGCGAACCGGGAGAACCUGGUUCGCUGGGUCCUCGCGGCCUUGACGGACUACCCGGGGAGCCGGGCAUCGAGGGACCGCCGGGACUGCCAGGAUACCAGGGACCGCCUGGCGAGAAGGGAGAUCGCGGAGACAUUGGACCGCCGGGAUUGAUGGGUCCUCCGGGUCUGCCGGGCCCGCCAGGAUACCCGGGAGUCAAGGGCGACAAAGGCGAUCGUGGUGAUUCGUACCGCAAGAUGCGACGUCGCCAGGAUGACGGCAUGUCCGAUGCCCCGCACAUGCCCACCAUUGAAUACUUAUACGGCCCCCCAGGACCGCCGGGACCCAUGGGCCCGCCCGGACACAAUGGCCUCCAAGGCGAGCGCGGGCUAGACGGCCGCAAGGGCGAUCCGGGUGAAAAGGGCCACAAGGGCGAUCAGGGACCCAUGGGGCUGCCGGGCCCCAUGGGCAUGAGAGGUGAAUCAGGUCCGUCGGGACCCGCGGGAAAAGCUGGCAUUCCGGGUCCCCCAGGCUUGGAUGGCAUGAAGGGCGCCCAGGGCGAGACGGGACACAAGGGAGAACGCGGCGAUCCGGGCCUGCCGGGCACUGAUGGCAUUCCCGGGCAGGAGGGGCCCCGCGGGGAACAGGGCUCCAGAGGGGACGCCGGACCCCCCGGCAAGCGGGGUCGCAAAGGAGAUCGAGGCGACAAGGGCGAACAGGGCGUGCCCGGCCUGGAUGCGCCCUGCCCCUUGGGCGCUGAUGGGUUACCGCUGCCCGGCUGCGGAUGGCGGCCGCCAAAGGAAAACUGGCAGGCCUGGCUCAAGGACGAGCUAAAUGCGCUGCAACAUCCGCGCACAAAAAACUAAUUGCCAACGCCCCAAACUCCGCGUCUCCAAGGAGGAGGGCGUGGUCGUGGCCCCGCAAUAUCCAGACGAAUAUAAACGCUUUGGUUUUAAUCUUAGUAACUUGUUAUUGUUAAACGUAGACAUCGAACGGCAUCACGGGCAAAUGCCACCCAACUGAGGAACAUUUUACGUAUACCCCUCCGCAAUCUCACCCACAUGCAUCGGUUAGAAUGAGAGACACGCUACCAUUAACUUUGUAUAAUCCACCAGAUCCUAUGUCUGUAUUUGCAUCUGUGCCAAAUUGCUCCAGGUUGCCAAGGAUGGGAGAAUUCGGCAACCUUUAAUUUUAGUUUUAUUUUACCUAUUUCUUUAUAUAUAUAUUGUACCUAUCACAGCUACGUCUAAAAAUUUCUAUAAACAUAAGCGAAUAAAACGAAAAGAACCCCCAACUAUUUUUUACGACAAAACUAUUUAAAAAGAAAACUUAAAAAUAAAAAUCAAGAAAAUGUA